CACAUCCGGCUGGUGGAAAUCCUUCAGCCUUUCAGUAAGGGCAGUGGAGUGAAGCGAGUUUGUGAGAGUCAUGCCACGCACAUUUUAUGCCUAAUUGCAAAGCGAGUAUAUCGCGGCACCCCGCUGUGGCAACACGGCUCUUCUGGUACUACGGACACGCCAGACAGAACCGUCAGACUACCAGAGCUCACGGUUCUUUCUCCAAGGAUUACUGUAUGUCAUCAAAUCAUUUAAAUAUUCGUUGCAAGAAUUCUGAUACCUCAGGACGUGACCACAUGGUACAUAAACGCGGGUGCUAAUUGCCCCACCGGUUGGUAUUGUUGGUAUUGUUGGUAUUGCCAUAAUAAUGUAAUACCAGCAAGGAUGGUAUCGCCAGACAGUUGCGUGUGAUCUUGGACAUGAUGUCCUGAAUUGUGGCGUUGUUUUGUACAGUUAAAUCAGGUAUUGACGGAGCUACUGUGUUGUGAAGCUUCUGGAUGUGAACUGCGGGCAUCUGUGUGUAAUAAGUCAAGCUGUAUGAAGAAGGACCAUCAUGUUAUCACUGGGGGCAAUUGUCUUCCUCAUCGGGUGUGUCACCAGGACCGGGGCACAGUACGGUUACAUCAGCCUCAACGCUCGUGCACUGUCGGACACACAGGUGCUUGUGUCCAGGUACGACGUCGGGGAGGUCAACCUCGCCAACCUCGACUUCUCCUACAGACAAGAUGGGACGGCAGCGUGGUCGACAUUCAGGUUCAACCCCACGCGCCAGUACUUCCCUGUUACCGAGCUCAACACUAGCUCGCUGUACUACUUCCGGCUUGAGGGCAGGCAGAUGAGAAGCUACAGCAUGUUGCACGCCUAUACACAUAUAAGAACACCCCCAUACAGUCAAAGGGCACCUAGCAACGUGACGGCGGUGACGUUGGACGAUGACUCUGUGAAGGUCGCGUGGUCCCCUGAGCCAGAUGGCCGAGUGUUGGGGUAUCUGGUCAUCUACACCGAGGUGGACAGUAAGGACAGGUCACUCACGGAGUAUAAAGUGAAGCCAGUGUUCAGAGACUUCCAGACCGUUCUCAGGGAUAUAAAAGGGUCGUCUCGCUAUAAGGUGGAGGUAGCCUCCAUCUCCUUAGACGGAGAGGGGUCCAGCAAACAGUCCGUCUACGUCGGGGACGAGAAAACACCUUUUCUGCGCAUGGUUAUUCCGCCACGUGACUCCAAGGUGAAGGACGAAGGUAUCCUUAUUUUGGUCUGUCGGGCGGACGGGUACCCGACACCGAAAGUUACAUGGCGUAAGUCUGGCCGAUUGUUUGACGACAGAAACAGGCGAAUCUAUGAGGAUUCCAGUGACGGGGUAUCUAUCCUGCGGAUCGACCCUGUAGUGUCCCGGCAGGACCGAGGGACGUAUACCUGCAUUGCUUCAAACGGCUUUGGAGAAAUUGUGCGGGCGAGGGCGACUAUCAAGACAUACAGAGCUAAAGACAACAUUCCCGGGUAUCCCGUUAUAUCCCAACACCCGGUACUCAACUUUGUGGAAGAAGGGGCGGAGGUCAUCAUGAACUGCACGUCCGAGGGGACCCCCGACAUCAUCACGCGCUGGUUCAAGGACUCCUUCCCCGUGUACUACUCCAAGGACAACAGGGUCGCGUUAGGAGCCAAUGCACAACUCAUCAUAGUACGUGUGAAGUUAUCGGACGAAGGGAAGUACGAGUGCUCUGCCCAGAAUGACCUUGGCGUGGUGUUCUCCUACCCUGCACAUCUCUACGUUAAAGAACGUCUCCUGCUGAUGACGCCCCCGACGUUUCUCCGGUCGAAGUUGAGACACAAGGUCAACUAUGGCGAAGAACUGACGUUAACGUGUGACGCCGUGGGGCGGCCUGUACCUGACGUGUGGUGGGAGCAGGGCGGAAAACGUUUAAAGGGCCGGUCUCACAAUGGCCAGAAUAUUAAGGUGCUGCAAGACAUGAGACAAACAUCGAUCUAUACAUGUGUGGCAUCAAACCCCCUUGACACCAUCCGUAAAGAGUACAAAGUGACUGUCAUCGAACCUAGAGUUGAAGACACCAUGGUUGCGCCGACCUUCAAGCCGGCCACUUUGUCCGUCAAGGUCAAGUUCACCGGCUCCACCAGCCUGACGUGUGAAGCUGAAGGUGACCCUGUGCCACGUGUCAUCUGGUUGCUGCAGGGGAAAAUACUCAAACGAAAGUCUGAGAAUGGCAAGAACGUAUUACGGCUCACGCGAUUGAGAAACUCCGGAAAUUACACCUGCACUGCAAGCAACAUCGCCGGCAACGCCAGUCAGGUGUAUAACGUCACUGUGGCGAGUAAAGUAGAGAGGUUCAGAGUUAGUCGACCGGUCGACUUGAAGUCAGCCGUCGUGAUGCCGAACGAGGUGGAGUUGAAGUGGGAUCCCCCCAAGAACCUCAGUGGAGUAACAGGGUUUGCUGUAUAUGUGGUGGACCCUAUCACUAAUCUCGAGACGCGGGAGGAGAUCCCCAUGGUGUACAAUUACACAGUGACUAACCUCAAACCUGACAGACAAUAUAUCAUCCGGGUUACUUCCUUAGCAAAGUCACUUGACGGGAAGGGCACCCCUGCCAUAAAAGUGAAGACUCUCAAAUUUGCUCCUACGGACGUCACGGCCAAGGCUAUCGACAAGUCCACGAUUGUGGUCAAAUGGAAGUUACCGGAAGACCCCUCAGUUAGAGUGUACCGGGGCGUCGAUGUGGAGUACCGCCAGAUGAACGACGAAGGGGCCGUGGUCAAACAGGAAGUGCAGCGGUAUGCUGGAAGAGGCAAUAGUCUUUACAUCCGGGCACUGAAUCCGGCCACCACGUACCAGGUCCAGGUUAGAGCGAGGACAGAAGUUGGAGAAGGAAUACCAAGCGAUGUCGUUAUGGUCACUACUGACCCUGAAAUCCCCGAACCUCCAUUCCGGCUGCAAGCUGUUGACAUCACCCACAAUGAGGCAGAGAUCAGCUGGUCUACACGUACUCCUAUCGCCAGACUGACGUCGUUCAACGUGUACGUCAGGGACGUCUCGACGGGACGUGAUCGUUUACAUCAUAUGAGGAGCAGCGGUGACAGCAGCUACAGAAUCAGGGACCUACUCCAGGACAAGCAGUAUGAGGUGACGAUCAGCUCCGAGAUCAACGGACAGGCGGGGAACCGAUCUCUCCCAAUACGAUUUAGGACAAAACCAUUUGUUCCCGAUGCACCCAAUGAUGUGAAAGCAGAUGCUGUGAAUGCGACCACCAUCUUAGUAACGUGGGGGACUGCUAAUGACCCAGUUUCACGAUCGUACAUAACGGGGUAUCGCAUCCAGUAUGAAGAGCUGGCACGUUACACAGGAAGUAAGACAUUGGAUGUUAGCCGUGGGAACAGAGGCAUGCUGACGUCAUUGAACGAAAACACAACCUACAAGAUACAGGUCCGCGGGUACUCUGAACGAGGAGAUGGGAAACUGAGUACCCCCAUUCAAGCAAAAACACUGGUGUCACCACAACCCGUGGACCUCCAAGCUACCCUCGUCUCACACAACAGCAUCCAUCUAUCCUGGGACGCCCCCAUCCUUCUCCGCUCCAUCACAUCCUUCAACGUGUACGUCCACGACGACGUGACGGGCAAGGUGACGAAGACGUCUGUCCGGCCAGCAAAGGAGCACACAAUCACUGGCCUCCAGUCAGACAGACACUACACUCUGACGGUGGCCUCUGUCGUGAAGUCACGUGAACAAGAGCGGUCACAGCCGCUAAGUGUCGCAACUCUUCCGUACGUUCCUGAUCCACCAAGUGACGUGGUAGUCGCAAUCGUCAACGAGACGGCAGUGAAGGUGGAGUGGACGUUGAUCAAGGAUGACGCUCACGCCAUCGUCAACUAUCACGUGGCCUACAGCGAGCUGGGCCGGGCUGGGGUCAGCGAGGGCCGGACGGUGUCCCGGCGAAGUGAGAGGGUCGUGCUGUGGCCCCUGGAGAUGGAUACCAGCUACAAUGUCCGUGUCCGUGCUGAGACGGCGUCGCAGAAGGGGGUGUACUCGCAACCGACAGUCGUCACUACACUUGCAUCCGACAAGCCUAACGACAUCGAUGCAUCGAACAUUCAGUUCAACCAAGCCGACAUCACGUGGUACGCCCCGACAAAGAAACGCAACAUCACAGAGUUCCGCUUGGUGGUCUCUGAUACCGUGACAGGGGAGAAAACUCGUUUGAAUAUACCUCCCGUUACUGAGUAUACUGUCACGGAGCUAUACCCGGACAGGAAGUACAUAAUCACAGUCCGGUCAAGGAUGGGUGCGCUAAGAGGCAAGAGGUCGGAGGAAUAUGUAUUUAAAACAUUACCCUAUAUACCCUUGGCACCGGCCAGCGUCACCGUUGUCCCCGCGAAUGACACUUCCCUUGUGGUGGAGUGGAUACCAACCGUGAAUGAUCAAACCCGGCGCUUCGUCGUACGCUACAACAUCGUCUACGGCAGGCAGAGAGACAGACCCGAGAAUGAGGAGAGUCUUCAGGUUCCAGGAGACACCAGCAUGGCUGUCAUCACGUCACUGGAGCCCUACACCACGUACAGAGUGCGCGUGCGCGCGGAGACGCUGACUGAGACGGGACAGUAUAGUCUACCGAUUCACUCAUCAACAUUAAAAUCGGACAAACCCGUUUCACUGAGACCAACACGGCUAGAGUUCAACCAAGCUGACGUGACCUGGAACGCCCCCAUUGAUGAGCGGGAUAUUACAGGCUUUGAACUUGUGCUUAGUGACGUCACGAGCGGGAAGAUGACGCUCCUGAACACGCCCCCUACCACGAGAUACACCCUGAGGGACCUCAAGCCUGACAACGGGUAUACACUGACUGUGACGUCACAACUCAGAAGCCGGAAGGGGAAGACGUCGGAGAAGAUGACGUUCAAGACGUUGCCGUUUGUCCCGGAAGCUCCGACCAACGCCGAUGCAACAGCCAUCAGCGAUACCUCUGUGUUGGUGGAAUGGACGUCCACUGAUAACGACGAGACUCGCGACUACAUCCUGCGGUACCACAUCGCCUACCGCAAGAUGGGGAGUCCAAUGGCGGCUGAGGACAGCGUGCACGUGGAUACGGACACAGACGAGGUCGCCAUCGCUCUUCUGGACGCCGACACCGACUACAGGAUCCGAGUGCGGGCUGAAACUCUGACGGAGGAGGGGAAGUACAGCAGACCCAUCAGAGUCAAGACCUUAAAAUCUGACAAACCUUUGCAACUCGCCGUGAAAAGAGUACAGUUCAACCAAGCUGAAGUGUCUUGGAACGCGCCGAUCAGCGAACGAGGUAUCACGGGCUUUAAGCUCACGCUUGCUGAUGUUACGGGCGGGGAGGUGACAUUCUUGGACGCGCCCCCGAAUGAACGCUAUACACUGACAGGUCUCGAACCCGACAACGGAUAUACUGUCAGUGUGAUGUCCCAACUCGGGGAUAAGGAAGGGAAGAUUUCAGACAUGCUGGAGUUUAGGACCUUGCCGUAUGUCCCUACCUCCCCAGUUGGUGUUGUUGCAACACCUCUGAAUGACACCGCUGUCAUGGUGCAGUGGACGCCAACCGUGGAUGAUGACACUCGUCGGUACGUCACGAGUUACAACAUCGCCUACACCAGACAGGGAAGCAAUACAGAGGGUGGAGCUGAAGAGAGUCUUUUGGUACCUGAGGACUCAACAAUGGCGACGAUCACCUCUCUGGCCGCCGACACAAGCUACAGAGUGCGUGUGCGCGCUGAGACGCAGACGGAAAAGGGGCAGUAUAGUCUCCCGAAUCUUGUGAAAACAUAUGUGUCUGAUAAGCCUCAAUCGCUGCGUCUGACAGACAUUCAAUUCAACGAAGCGCGCGUGUCCUGGUAUGCCGCUGUGCAACAACGUAACAUCACCGGCUUUAGGCUUGCACUGACCGAUGUCAUGGACAAUGACGUACAAAUCCAGCGUAUAGGGCCUGUCCAACAGUUUGCCUUCGAGAAGCUCAAACCAGACCGGAAGUACACACUGACUGUGACGUCACUAUUUGAAGUCAAGCAGGGGAAGGAAUCAGACGCCAUGGAAUUCCAAACUCUUCCUUUCGUUCCUGGUCCCCCGAGUAACAUUCGCACAACACCAUUGAAUGACACCGCUGUGCUGUUGGAAUGGACGCAAACCGUUGAUGAAGAAACACGCAGGUACAUACGCGGGUACACCAUCGUCUACAGUAAACAAGAUGGCAUGCGUCGAGAUGAGGAGAGUCUGCAGGUUUCAGAUGUCAACAUGGCUGUCAUCUCUGCCCUGGCCCCAGACACCAGCUACAGAUUGCGCAUUCGUGCAGAGACUCUGACGGAGGCGGGAGAGUAUACCAAACCAAUCUAUAUGAAUACACUUGUAUCUGACAAGCCUGUGUCACUAAGGACCAGUAAAAUAGAGUUCAACCAAGUAGGGGUGUUAUGGUAUGCCCCUAUUAAUGAUAGAGGCAUCAGCGGGUUCCAGCUUGUGCUCAGUGAUGUUGACGGAGGAGGCAUGGCAGAACUGAACACGCCCCCAAUCUUGCAGUAUACACUGUCAGGCCUUAAACCUGACAGGAAGUACACAUUUAGUGUGACAUCUCAACUUGGGGACCACGAAGGGAAGACUUCAGACCUGCUUUCCUUCAGGACCCUGCCUUAUGUUCCGGAAGCACCAAGUGAUGUCACGAUAACAUCUCCUAAUGAAACCACUCUUGUGGUGAAAUGGACGCCAACUGUGAAUGAUGAAACACGCGGCUACGUUGUGGGUUACAACAUCGCCUACAGCAAGGAGGACAGAAGUAGAGGCGAUGGAGGUGAAGAAGGCGUGCAGGUUGCAGGGAGUUCCAGCAUGGCAGUCAUCACAUCACUUGAUGCUGACACCAGCUACAGAGUACGUGUGCGGGCUGAGACGUUGACGGAAAAGGGGCAAUAUAGUGAACCACUCGUUUUUCAGACUCUCGAGACAGAUAAACCAUUAGGAUUACAAGCAUCCCGUAUACAGUUCAACCAAGCCAGGUUGUCCUGGUAUGCCCCGGUUACACAGAGGAACAUUACAAACUUUCACCUUGUGCUCCAUAAUCUCAAAACAGAAGAGGUAACCAGGAGUGUCAUACCACCACGUACAGUGCACAUUGUGUCAGGCCUCUUUGCUGACACCCAGUACGAACUUGUCAUUACGUCCCAGAUGGAUGAUCAAGAAGGGAAGUCUUCAGAUGUAUUUGAGUUCAAAACACUGCCUUUUGUGCCUGAUGCCCCCGACAAUAUUGUAUCAAGGCCACUGAAUGACACUGCUGUUCUGGUGGAGUGGACACCCACAGUCAACAAUGAAACCCGUAGCUACAUCCUUCGCUACCACAUUACAUACAACAAGUUAGAAAGAAGUCAGAGGGUGACUGACAUGAGAAGUGUGCAAGUGCCAGGGCACUCCAACACAGCCAUCAUCACUUUCCUGGAUGCAGACACCAGCUAUAUACUGCGUGUGCGUGCUGAGACUCUGACUGAGAAUGGAGCACUGAGCCCGUCAAUAAUUGUGCGCACACUUGAGUCUGACAAACCACGGGCAGUGAGGACAACGAAUAUCGAGUUUAACCAAGUUGAGCUGUCGUGGUAUGCCCCUACCGAGCAGAGAAAUAUUACAGGUUUUGAAGUCCUCCUGACUGAUAACGUCACUGGAGAGGUCACAGGUCAAGAGACACUACCGAAUUCUCGCUACACUGUCACCAAUCUCAAAGCAGACCGGACUUACAAACUGACAGUGACAUCACUGCUUGGAUCACUUCAAGGAAAGACUUCUGAUGUACUGGAAUUUGUAACAAAGCCAUUUGUGCCUGCUGUUAUCGAGGAUGUGGCAGUGACACCACUCAAUCAAUCCACCCUCCUCAUUCACUGGAAGGUGCCAGACAGUAUAGGAUCACACGACUACAUCACGCUCUACCGUGUAGAGUACAGCCUUCUGGAUCGGUUCCAGAGGGUGAAGGAGACAUGGAGCCUUGAGGUUGAUGAGGGUGAAGACCAUGCAUACAUCACAGGGCUGGAAGGGGACACAGAGUACAGGAUACGGAUGAGGUCAGAGACAGAGACCCAGCAGGGAAAAUACACAAGAGGAAAGCGCACAAAAACAUUGAUGUCCGAGAAACCACGGCGUCUGAAAGUAACAGAGGUACUAUUCAGCUCCAUCAGCAUAUCGUGGAAGGCGCCUAUAAAACAACGGAACAUCACCAGCUUCAAAGUGAUUACUUUCGACACCAUCGAAGGGACGGAACAGACCAGGCAGAUACCACCAAAGCUCAACUUUAGAAUCGAUAACCUACUGCCAGACAGAGCAUAUGGGAUCAGGGUGUCAGCUCUCAUUGGUGAACACGAGGGAAAGUCGUCCAAAACAAUUGAGGUCAAAACCAAUCCUUACAUUCCAAGGGCUCCUACUGAGGUAAAGGCCCACCCAGUAAAUGCUACUGCUGUGUACGUAGAGUGGAAGGCACCCGAUGAUCUGUUCGCAAGGCAGUACGUCAUCGGCUUUAACAUCCAGUAUGACCGGUCGCGAUCCCGACUUCCGGUUGAGAAGUGGAGUCUUCUGGAGCAUUAUGGGGGCAAGCAGAACUCGCUGAUUACCUCCCUUGAACCCGACACGGAGUACAAUCUGAUGGUGAGCGUGAACACCAAGACAGAGAAGGGCGAGCUCAGUCGACAGAUAUCAGUCAAAACUAUGGUAUCAGCUGAGCCUAUGGAUCUGAAGACAACACGGGUGUCGUUUGACGAGUUUGUCUUGACGUGGGACGCCCCGGUGGAAGAGAGAAACAUCACUGGGUUCGCCGUCUACCUCACAGACAGGACGAACAACAGUCGCGUCCGGGAGGAGAUGCCUGCAGUCCUCACCCACACAUUCCAGGGUCUCACCCCCAGCACAGUCUACCUGGCUGAUGUCGCCUCCAUCCUCCACAGUGGGGAGGGGAUAUUGUCACAACAGAUUCCAGUUGAGACAGCGCCAUUCAUCCCCGAUGCUCCGACUGAAGUCCAGGCGAGGUCUUAUAACUUUUCCACCAUAGCCUUCAUGUGGCAGCUCCCAGAGGACCCCGCCUCCCGUGUCUACAUUAAGGGGUCUCAAAUCCUGUACACCAAGCUGAGCCGGGACGGGAGCCCCCCUGUUACUAGGCAACACCAGGUGCUCGGUCAGAGCAGGGAGAACCUUCUGACGUCACUCGAGGAGGACUCAACUUACAGAGUACAGAUCCGGGGCUUCUCCGACACUGCCGAAGGGAAGUUGAGUCGGGCCAUCACAAUUUCCACCCCUCCUCAAGUUCCCGACUGGGCUCCAGAGCUGUUGACCGCGAGUGUCGAGUACGACGCGUCAGUCAGGUUGGAGUGGUAUGUCCACUCCCCCAAGGCUGCAUUGGACCACACCCUUAAGUACGAGGUGCAGUACUUCCGCCAGCCCGACCCCUACAGCGACAUGUACGUCAGGGACCUGGACUCAGGGCCGACGAUAAUCGACAACCUGGAGACCCAUUCCACGUACUCCUUCCGGCUGCGAGCGUACAACCCGUCUGGCUUCGGACCCUGGAGUAGCAGUCUUGAGGCUACCCUGGAUGGGCCAGAUCUGGGUGUCAUCAACAUCAUGCAUAUCAACAGGACCGGGCCGUAUUCCUCCAAAGUUCGCUGGGUCCAGAGAGGCAAGACUGACUACGACGUCCAGGGGUACCGCGUGUACUACACCCCCAUCGACUACAAGUUCCAGCCUGUUCCGGGGCAACGAUUCGUUGAUUCAGUUGGAACUCGAAACCGAGUCGACAUCAUCCGUAGUCUGCGUCCAGAGCAAUACUAUCACGUACAAGUUGCCGCUUUUGCCGACGAGGGAAUUGGAAGACGUACUGACGUUGUCUUUCUCCCUGACAUGGACUAUCCGCGGAUCCUGAUUGGACCACGUAACACGAAAAUUGCUGCCAAGCUGGCUGUGACUUUUUCUUGCAAGGUCGUUGGAGAGCCGGGGUUUACUGUUUUCUGGAAAAAGGGUUUGAAACGGAUUACCAAGCGGCUUUCAAGAUUUCAAUAUAAGAUUGAUAACGGGACCUCAAUAUUGAGGAUCAAAUCGGCUCGGCCACGAGACACCGGCGUGUAUGAAUGUGUACUUAAUGUGAACAAUACAUUAUACAGCAAGAGUGCAAAACUGGAGGUGUACGAUCAGGCGGCCAUCCCUUCCGGGUACCCGUCCUUCACCCGUAACCCGACACUGACGUCAGUAGAGACCGGCUCCAAUACCUCCUUCAUCUGCGAGGCGUCAGGAAAUCCCAUUCCCAUCAUCAAAUGGCACAAAAACAACAUCCCGCUUCAGGAGACCAACAAAUUUGUCAUCACACAGAUCGUUACAGUAUAUGGCACGCGAGCUGGGCGGGAGAGCAGGCUAUGGAUCCUAAACGCAACUGUGAGUGACAUGGGCAAAUAUGUCUGCUCGGCCGAGAAUAGGUUCGGCACCAUCUACAACUUUGAUGCUCAGCUUUACGUCAAAUUAAAGAAAAGUCCGCCUGAAUUUUCGGAAUUUCCCGAAGAUGCCUAUGUGAAACCCGGAUCUCCAGUCACAUUGUCAUGCGCAGCAGAGGGCGUGCCGGAGCCAACGAUACGCUGGCUUGUUGACGGGACCUACUUAGAAACAACGGAGGUUUCUACUGGCCGAGGCCAGCUUGUGUUGCCGGAGGUGUAUGUGUCGGCCUUGUACACGUGUGAGGUCAAAAACAUUAAGGGGACCGAUAGUAUCGACGCCCGAGUCCAAAUCGACAGGACGGUGAAGUUCAAGGGGGUCAUUCUUCGGAAGCCCCAGGGAAAGGCAGUGGUUGUCGGGGCCUCCGUCAGCUUCUUCUGCCACGGGGUGGGGCAGCCCAAGCCCAAUGUAUUCUGGGAGCGGAACGGGAAGCGCCUGUCCCGCCAGGACUUUGACCAGACGUACUACCUGGAGGAGAGGGACGGGGUGUCCGUACUGGAGGUCGGGAAGGUGCAGGAGAGCCGAGACGAGGGCGCGUUCUCUUGUACAGUGGAGAAUGACCUGGGCUACAGUGAAGCGGCCACUACCCUCAAAGUUUACAGACUGAACGAGAGACCCGAGGAUUUCCCUUCCAUUGUGAAGCACCCAGUAGUGACCGCAGCAGCUCGGGGGGAGACGAUUCGACUCUACUGUUCAUCCAAUGACCCCACGGCCUCAGUCACGUGGUACAAGGACAGGUUCCCUCUGCAGCUGUCAGAAAGGGCCAGAGUCACCAUGAAAGAUGGAGCCAGUGAGCUCCGCAUCCUGAAGGCGCGGGACAAGGACUACGGGAAGUACCACUGCUCAAUGGAGAACGCGUCUGGCAUCGUGUAUUCUAAGCGAGCCAUGUUGUACAUACGUCGCGCCGUCAGGAAGUCCUAAUGUUAGCCCUGCUAGUAGGUGUUGUGCUGAUGUGCUAGUGUAUACGUAAUGUUUGCAUGUACAUAGGCUUCUUUGUGUGCAGGUGCUUUGCUGUGUAGAAUAUAUGUCCUGUUUUCCACGCUGAAAUGGGGCGGUAGCCUAGUGGUUAAAGCGUUUGUCGUCACGCCGAAGACCCGGGUUCGAGUCCCGACAUGGGUACAAUGUGUGAAGCCCAUUUCUGGUGUCCCCCGCCGUGAUAUUGCUGGAAUAUUGCUAAAAGCGGCGUAAAACCAUACUCACUCGCUCCUUUCACGCUGAAAUACGCUACAUUGAAAUCUUCUGAAAUUGAUAUCUAUUUACUCAAACUUCAGAAGCUCGAACUCCGAUAAUACCAACACAAUGCUUGUCUCGAACUAUCAAAUUUCGAGAUAAUUUCGAUUGUACAUUGGAUUUCAAGUUUCUGAGGUUUCACAGGAUGUCUUCAUACUAUAUGCAUGCCUUUAUCUCAGCGCCGUCAGUUACUUAAGAAUGCUUUCAGAAAUAUGGUUGUGUAAAGUGGCUCAUUGGUUAAAUAUAACAUACUAAUCUUUACUAGUUUGGAUGUGUUUGAAAGUAUGAUUAAAUUCCCCGUAUAAAUUAAUUGGCUCAUUACAAGGAUAAUAGUAGGGCCCAUCUCUGUCAUCUGCCUGGCCCGGAUUGGCUGGUCACUUGUAGCCAAUGACAGCGCGUAACAUCAAACCCUUGCAUUCUGAUUGGCUCAGCAGUCGUUUGAGGUAUCUGCUGACCAAUUGGAACAAGCGGCAGUCACGUGUCUGCUCUUUGAUAAGACAAGGUGUGACUUACACAGGUUCUUUAUGUAUAUUAACUCGCUCUGUCGUCUUCGAAAUCCUUUGUUUUGUUUAUGAUUCGUAGGAAGACACACGCAUGGUCAAUCAGUGAUUGAUGUCCAAGAAAGGAUUAACAUAAUCUCAACAACUGUAAUGAUAUAUAAUCCCUUCACAAUUAGAACCCCAAUCAUAGUUCAUGCUGAUUUAAUCUCCGCGAAAUAUUAAUGCCAGAAAUUAUCGUUAUUGGUUACUAACGGUAUCUAGGAUUUCGUUGUAUGUGUUCAAUAUAUACUGAUGACGUACAUGUGUCGUGUAGAAGGGCCCUAAUUGCCUUCAGUGGAGGGUAUUUGUGUGAUGUACAAAAUGAGAGCGUCAUGCUAUGUUUUUGCUACUUUGUGAAAUAAAAAAAUUCCUGUCA